AGACACACCAUCUCGCUGUCCAAUGGCAGGCAGACAUCUGUUCGCUCGGGCGACUCUAAAAUAUUCCCUUCUCUUCCUUCUCCAUCAAGAACUCACUUAGCCGGGACGUCGUUAGUGGUGUAAACCUCCGGGAAAAUGCGAGUCUUUGGUGUUGUUGCGGUAAUUUUGGCAGUAUGCAGUGUGCAUGCAAAGGUAUACUUUCGGGAGGAGUUUACGGACGGUGGUAAGUUUCUUUUGAAAGUAUUUAUACAACACCUGAAACUGCAGGCGGUUAAUUCAUUACAUGUUAGCUUGACUGUAACAGCCAGUUUCUCUUGCAAGCGUGUUCUCAUUACUCUUAAAUCUGAUUUUUAUUCCCCGAUUCAAUGAGAAAACGACACCUUUUUCGGUUUUUAAAAACUUUAUAUGUUUGUUAGCUGGCUAACUUUAGCAAGGGCCUAAUGUUGGCAAACGUGAUAUACUUCUACCACUGAGAGCUAAGUUGCCAAAUGUGGUCGAAAUUGCAGUAGAGAUGUACAUUUAAUCGAUUCGAGAGUUUCAAAGAAUAUCACCACUGUGUAGAUGUUUGGGCAUAACGUUAGGAUUAUAAGGAAGUGCUAAAAAAAAGAGGUCCCCAAGGGUUCCACCCCGUCUAUCCUAACAGUACUGUUUUAAUGUCUGUCCAGAUGAAUGGAGAAGUCGCUGGAUGAACUCUAAACACAAAUCAGACUAUGGAGAGUGGAAACUGACGGCCGGCAACUUCUACGGAGAUGCUGAGAAAGACAAAGGUAAAUGCUCUGCCUACUAAUCCACUUAAUUUAAAACAACAACCACGUGAUUCCCUCCUCAAAGUCAUAGACUUUUGUUUAUACAAUGUGUGUGUGAUGUGGAUAUUGACAAAAUAAACUAAUGGUGAAAGAGGUUAAAUGUUAUUGAAAACCACAACACUUAGGUGCAUCUUUACCCUACAACAAAAAGAUCUUAAACAACCCUUUUAACCCUUAAAAUACAGGUAAUACCCUUAUGUUGUGUCCCCUUAUUCAGCAUUAUAUUGUGAACACUUUUUAGAAUAAUGUACUCCAGUCCACAACCAUCACUUGCUCCAUCUUCAGCAAUCAAGGAACAGUUUUUGCCUGUCUGGUCAUGUCAACAGAAACCAAAACUGUAGAUGCUUCCUGAAAGUAGAUUAUAUGCUCAAAUUAUUGUACCGGGUCGCAGAAGAUUGCCCAGGUGUUUAUAAUGUUAAAGCUGAUAGGCAUAUAUUCUAAUGAGCCUUUGUCUUUACUUGGUAGUACAGUUUCUACAUUCUGUUUUAUUGUUUGUCUUUUUUUUUUUUUCAUUUUUUUUUUUUCAGGUCUGCAAACAAGCCAGGAUGCCCGUUUCUAUGCCAUCUCUGCCGGUUUUGAUUCUUUCAGCAAUGAGGGCAAGCCUUUGGUCAUUCAGUUUACAGUCAAGCAUGAGCAAAAGAUUGACUGUGGGGGUGGCUAUGUGAAAGUUUUCCCCAAGGACUUGGUCCAGACUGAAAUGCACGGAGAAUCUUCAUACUACAUCAUGUUUGGUAAGUGAUAAUUCAUCAUAAUUGGAUAUUUUUUGGGGGGAAAGCGCAGUGGUUUUUAUUGCAACAUUUACUAAUAAAACUUAUUCUGCCCUAGGCCCUGAUAUCUGUGGUUACAGCACAAAGAAAGUGCAUGUCAUCUUCAACUACAAGGGCAAGAACCACCUGAUCAAGAAAGAGAUUAAGUGCAAGGUAGUUCCACUACAAAAAAGGCAUCUUUUCAAAAGUGUACUAAUAAGUACUGGCUUUGUUUAAUCCAAAGGCUGGUGUUUCUUUCAGGAUGAUGAGCUGACCCAUCUGUACACACUUAUCCUGAAUCCGGAUCAGACCUAUGAGGUUAAGAUUGAUAACGAGAAGGUAGAAUCUGGCAGUCUGGAGGAGGACUGGGACUUCCUGCCCCCUAAGAAAAUCAAGGACCCUGAAGCCAAGAAGCCAGAGGACUGGGAUGAUCGUGCAAAGAUUGACGAUGCUGAUGACACAAAGCCUGAGGUGAAAAAUAACAUAAAACAGUUUUAUUCAGCAUGAAUCUACUUUUAUUAUGCUCAAGAUGUUGUUUUUAGAGGAAAUGCUGGAAGAGGAAGAUUUUCCCAUUCAUUUUUCUGGAAGACUUUAUGUAGUCCCAGUCUUUCAAGAACCGGAUUUACAUGUUCAGUGCUGUUGUUUUAUUUUAAGCUCCAUGUUUGUAUUACUCGCUGCUCCUUUAGGACUGGGACAAACCUGAAAAUAUUCCAGAUCCAGAUGCCAAAAAGCCAGAGGACUGGGAUGAGGACAUGGAUGGAGAGUGGGAGCCACCCAUGAUCCCCAACCCAGAGUACAAGGUAUGCCAAAGCUGUGUCUUCAUAGGUAGAGCUUGUGCUUUUUCUGAACCCCACUCUGCUUGAAGAAUACUUAAUAUUUAUGUUUUCUCUAUUAAAGGGAGAAUGGAAACCCAAACAGAUUGAUAACCCCAACUACAAAGGAUCCUGGGUGCAUCCUGAGAUCGACAACCCUGAAUACAGCCCUGAUUCAAACAUCUACAAGUUUGACAACAUAGGUGUUUUGGGUCUGGAUCUUUGGCAGGUGAGAGAGGGAGAGAUGGAUUAUCUGUCAGAAGUGAAGUUAUUUCUUUAGUGAAUUUAUAAAUUCAAUCUAACUUUUGUUAUUGUUUGUCUCAGGUGAAGUCUGGGACCAUCUUUGACAACUUCCUGAUCUCAGACGAUGUGAAGGAGGCUGAAGAUGUUGGAAAGGAGACAUGGGGUGUUACAAAGGUAUGCUGGGGCUGCUGUUUUUUUGAAGCCAUGCUGUCAUUUUUACAACACAUGAAUCCAUUACCAGUGAAAUCCAGAUCAAGUAAAGAGACAUUGUUUGUAGUAACUGUAAUCUCCCUCUGCAGGAACCAGAAAAGAAGAUGAAACAAGAGCAAGAUGACCAGAAACGAAAAGAGGAGGAGGAGAAGAACAAAGAGCAAGACACUGAAGCUGAUGAUGAUGACGGUGAUGAGAUUGAUGAUGAUGAUGAUCUGAGUGAGGAAGACACAAAGGACGAAAUGGAAGAGGCACUUUCAGAAAUGGAUGAGGAAGACGCAAAGCUUAAAGAUGAGCUUUGAGGACAUGUGGUCAAAGAUUUGUGUGUCCCUCCUUUAGAAACUCUGUCCUGUAUUUCCCAGGGGGUAUUUUGGCUGCUGUGCAUCCUUUCCCUGAGAUAUGGACACAACCCAACUUAGGGUACAAAUGUAGUGAAGUGGAGGUUAAUGGACUCAGUUUCUCUUUCAUUUUGGUUAUAUUUUUCAGUUUCCCCUGAGCUGCUUAGUUGAUUGUGUUUUCACCCAUAAAGUCCAUUCCUCAUUUGAAAUAUCAGUUUAAGAGGGCUCUGAUUGCCACUUUUUUCUUGAUUUGCACAUCCUGGUCUCAGAUUUUCUCUCACCGGUGGCAUAAUUUUACCUAAAGUUGGUAUACAUGGGUGAUAAAUGUUUGAUUUAGGCUUUGAAAUUUCUCCACUGGAAAGAAAAAAAUCAUUUAAGCCUGGUAAAGCAGAAAACAUUCACACCUAAACCUACUAAAUGCAAAACAAUCAUGAAAUACAGACAAAUCAACAGUGUAAUGUAACUUAUUUUUGUUAUGUCUGUGGCACUGACUUUCUGUUUCCCUCUCAAACUCUUUAAGGGCAUAAUUGACGUUUUUCAACAUAAACAUGAGAUUGGUUUUCUACAUUAAACGGCAUGAAUGAAAGUAUGUCUUGGUAAUGUGAUGGAACUUGCUUUGUGUCCUGAAAGUCUUGAGAAACAGACGGGAAUCCUUGGAGUGACUCAUGACAUCACCAAGGGAUCACUUUUAUUGGACAGAAUGUUAAUGAUACCAAAGUUUUUAUUAAAAAGAUUAUAACCA